GAGCGUGACGGCUGUGGGGGACGGGAAGGGACGGAGAAUAAACCGCUCUUUGCUUUAGCCUGACAACCUCACGAACGCGCGCGCGCCUGGCAAGCCCGAAAGAACCAUCAUAAUCAUAGCUCACUUUCGAGGAAGAGAGGGGGCGGACCAUUCCGUUAGUCAAACUUCGUACUUCCUUCUCUGAUUGAUCAUCUUCCUGAAGAUACUCUUCAGUGGUGCUAUUGCAGCUCCAAGUCCAUAAACACGGAAAAAUGGGUAAAAAGGAUGCCUCUUCUGCAAAAAUACCUGUGGAUCAGUACAGAAAACAAAUAGGAAAACAAGAUUAUAAGAAAACCAAACCAAUGUUAAAAGCAGCAAGACUGAAAGCAGAGGCCAAAAAAACUGCACCGGGCAUAAAGGAAGUCAGCCUUGUCCUUGUGGCUAUAUUGGUAUUCUUAUUGGCAUGUUAUGCUUUCUUUUAUCUUAACCUUUCCGAAGAAGACGACCUGGGUCUGGAAAAGGAUGGAAAUUAGCCAAAUUGUUUUUGAAGAUUUCUUCUAGAAAAGCAUUACUCUUGUCAACUUCAGCCAUGAACAGCUGCUCAUCUUGAAAGUGGACAAAAUGAGAAUCAGUUCCUGCAACUCUGAAAUUAAUAAUACGCUUGAGACUCUCUCAGCCGGCCUUAUGGAUAUUAAUGAGGUUCUUCUCUUUUUCAAACUGUAGUUUAUUGGCUAAAGUUGACCUUUUUCCUCAUUUCUUUUUUAAACUGGAAAUACUUCAUUCCAGAAAACAAUUUUCUAUAUUCACUAGUGUUAUUAUGUGGGCGAAAAGAAUUAGAUUUCCUUAGAGCCUGGCAAACAAAUACAAAUUACAGAUACGACUCAAACACAAAUCAAUAUAAUCUGUGAUAUCUGUACACAUAUUUCUAUUACUUCCAGGUUGGACUAAUUGGUAUGAGUGAUUCAGCGCAUUUUUAAUUCUUAUAUCCAACACAAAAUGAAUUUAUGCGUGCUGAAUGUAUGUGAGUCAUGCAUGAUAUUUUUUGGAUCAAAAACUCUAUACAGAUUGUAAUUGAACACCAAAAUUAGAAUCGUAAGUCAUGCCACCUUUUAAGUGUGCAUGCACUCAAUUUUUUUUGCAGAUGUCAUUAAGUGAAUGCUGCCAUUGUUAAGCAAUCCCAUUGUACCCAAUGGGCAUUUUUUGCUAGAAACCAAUUUCUACCAAAAUGCCAGUUUAAAUGCUGGUUUCAAGCAAAAAACAUAAAUCACCAUGUGAUUGGUGAUGUAACUAUGGGAUGCUCCAAAUGCAAGCCAGUUGCCCAGCACCAAAAUGUGAUCAUAUGACUGUGGCGAUGGGGGGGCAAUGACUAUUGGAACUGCAAAACUGGGUCAUAAGAAAUGCUGGAGAAGUCCAUCAUAGCAAUAACACUUAGAUUUAUAUCUCACCUAUAAGCACUUCACAGUGCUUUACAGCCCUCUUUAAGUGGUUUAAAAAGUCAGCAUAUUGCCUCCAACAAUCUAGGUCCUCAUUUUACCUACCUUGGAAGGAUGGAAGGUGGAAUCAACCUUGAGGCGGUCAGAAUCAAAUCCCCGGUAGUCAUUAGAAUUAGCCUGCAAUACUGCAUUCAAACCACUGCGCCACCACGAUUGAUCAUUAUAACUUCUAAUGGUCAUUUAAUGACCAGUCAUAAAUUGAGGAUUACCUGUAGCAUACUUUGCUUUAUAAGUUAAAUUGAUUUGCUGAGAAGUGAGUGUCUUUUGCAUAGUUCUAUCAUUACAACAUUAUAAGGGCUUCCUUCUUGUACCAUAGGACCAAUGUAUCAAAACCACAUUUCAUAUACUUUUGGUUUUAAUAGGACAGCAAACCACAUGCCUACAUUCCACUUCAUUAGGAAUCUUUUUAAACUUUCUUUUUUGUAGAACACAAUAAUUGAUGUUAAUAUUAUGUGACAAACAUGCAUAUUAGCCCUGUAGCAAAGCCCUAGAAAGCAAAAAUUUUCACAGUAGGUCUAUUAGGAGUAGAAUACAGAGCACAGCCUAAUUCAAAUAAAAGGCCUUUGACUUAAGUGGAAACCACUGAAAUAAGCAUGUUCAAAAAUUCUACCAAGCUGGUUGCAUCUCUGCAAGUGCAGAUGUCAACAAAGUACUUUUUAUUUAUGUAUUUUAAAAAAAAUUUACAAUGGCUACCUUGAGUUGAAAGUUUCUUUUAGAAAAAACAACAACUGGGGAUUCUAUUAGAAGAAUAGUUACAUUAAACGAAAACCAAGAAGAUAUCAGAGAUGUGCAAUAUAUUUGAAUGUAUAUCCUAACACCAAAUUAAACAAUGUUUGAAUACUGCUGUUUGAGGAAAAACCCAGAAUCAAUAACAAGGGAAAUUUAUUCCAAACCCUCUAGUAAAAAUGGGAUGGGCACUAUGCAAUACGGUCUCACGGAAAGAGCAACGUCAAGCUACCAUUGACUCAUGUUCUACUACGUCUUUUUAUGGAAAGUGAAAAGUUUCACCUUGGUAAGAAAUAAAACCUUCAUGUUUUCAAGAGUAGUUAAAAGAAGAGAUCAAAUAGUCAUAUAUUACUCAUUUUUUAAUUUCAAACUAUCUAUAUGGGGGGCUACAUCAAAUCUCUCUGCUCAGGAAAAAAAAAUCACUCCCAUCUCAUCACCACUGUGGUGCAAAUUUAUUUUCAGCAUCCUCCUGACUCCUCUAUAGCUGGGUAUCAGCAGUCAUAUUUUUUGUGCACUGCCAACUGUUCAGAGCACAUGUGUUCUGUCAGAAAUGGCACCUGGAUGAUAGAAACACUAGGAUUCACAUAUGUUCUGAAGCAAAGUUCCUUCCUCUUGGGCUAACCGAAAGCGUGUAAAUAGAAAGUUCACUCAGUGUUGGUUUUAAUUAGUACACUGCUUCAUUAACAUAAAGAUGAAAAUUCUACUUUAAUCGUAUCAUGCAAUAUCAGCAAGAAAUACAAAAUAUAUGGUAGUUUUAAAACAAUUUUCAUCUCAAUAUUGGCUCUGAAAUCUUUCAGGUACAGAAAACAACAGUAGAGUUUCUUUACACUUUGUUGAAAGAUACUAUUCUAGUUACAUUAUAUCACGACCGCCCUCUCUCCAUAACCUUCAUUCCAAAGAAAUAUUAUUUUAAAAUAUAUAUGAAUAAAGUAUUUGAUUGGUGAUUUUCUGUUCAGAAAUGUUGGCUACAAAGGUUAUAACGAGGUCCACAAACACGGAUGCUUACACUAACCAAAUAGCAUUGGGGUGCUAACAUGACCCUAAUUAUUGAUCAGAAUUAGGAAGUUUAGUAAAUAAGGUUUCAGUUGGACUUCGUUGAUUAGCAUGGGAUCACAAUACUUCUUAGUUCUAUCUACAAGCUAAUUGAGAGAAUGUGUCAGCUUUGGAAGCCAUAUUAGACCGGAAGCUUCCGUGCUGCCACUUUCUCAUGUAUGGGAAAGUAGGAGGGGGAAUUUAAUAGAGGGUUUGUCUUUAGACAUAAUAGCAUUCUUCCUGUCGGUCAAGGUCAGGCCGAUCCUGCAUCUGGAGAAGGAGUGGUCGGAGUGCUGCCUUAAGAUGGGAUGGAUGGUGAUUGGAGCAUGUGAUAGACUGUGGAGUCGGGAUGGUUUUGGGGGGUUUGAUUUACUGAGGGAAAACCUGGACCUCUCAGAGUCAGGUUUCCCCAGAUGUGCCAGUUUACCUAUCCUAGUAAAUAGAACUUUGCAAGAUGCUUGCUUCAGAGGUUUUACUUGGAGUUGGGUUUUUUUCUGGAAUGCUGACAGAAUGCUGAUUAUUCCAAACAUAAAGCAACUGUUUUACUUUAAACAGUAAAAAUGUGUGGAGUAUAUAUGUAGAUUUGCACAAUCACAAAACAUUGUUAUGAUUAAGCAAAUGAUAAUACAAUUCUUUGAGACAGAAAAAAAAUAUAAUGUUGGAAAUGUUUCUCCGAUACCUUGCUAAUAAAUUCUGCUGAUAUUACGGAGAAUGAACACUUGAAUUCAUUCUAGUAAAUCAGUUGACUGGCAAAUGUUUCAUCUCAUUGAAGAGGCCACUUUUAUCAGUAUGCAAUCAUGUUGACCUCCACCUUGCACAAUCUCUGCCUUUCCUAAAGCAAUUUAUGGUGAUUAGGCUACAUAAUUUGGUCACUUUCUAUGGUCAAGGAGGGAAAUGUAUUUGCAUAUGUGCCCAUGACCACUGGUCUGUUAGUUUAUGUGAUUGGGCCCCAGUUGGAUAUGAUCAUUUUUUAUGCAAAUCUUAUUUAAUGUAAUUCAGAAUUCCAUGGGUUGUAAAGUAAAUGCAUUUUAUAGAUAUGUCUUUUUCUGAGAAGAUGAAAACAAUUUCACAUAGCACACCAGUAUAUUAACAACAGCUUCUCCUCAUGUUUACUAAAAAUCCCAAUUGGUGAGGAAACAGCCAAAAUGUUAGGUGCUAGUAUUUGUCAAACAGAUGUCUCAGCAUAAUUUUGUCACAUGGUUGGAAGAAUAAACGUGCAUAAUUCUGAAUUA